AUUUCGCGCUGCGCCCUGAGAAGCUGUCAGAAGAUGCUGGGACAAAAACCGUCGGUUGACUUGACUGGUGUAUAGGUCAAACGCUUGUUUUUCAUGUAAGACUUUAUUAUAAGAAAUAACAAAUAGUCAAUCAAGCUGUGAAAAUCUAAAGGAAAAUGGCAGAGGCGGAAGUUGUACCUGAGGCUGAGGAAAAUUUGGUGGGGACCCAGCGUGCUGCUGCAGAAAUGGUGGACGAAGAAGACACCGAUGAAUUUUUUACGCCCAUAUCACCUGUUUCUUACUGGGGUCGUCUUUAUCCUGCCGAUUUCGUCAACGUAAAAUUUCAUGACCUUGUCGAGAAUGAGGUGACUGUAGGCAAACUGUCCAAAUGUGAUAUCACUAUCAGAUCCAAUGAAGUUCCUAGUAAAGUCCUUUCUGUUGUUAGUCGGCAGCACUUUACAAUCCGCAGAACUCAGGGAGUUGACAGAUUUGGUGCUAUUACCUGUAAAAUAGUUUUAGAAGAUCUGAGCAUGAAUGGAACUUAUGUAAAUGGUGAAAGGAUCGGAAAAGGAAAGAUGAAACAUCUUCCUGAUAACUGUGUUAUUGCCGUCGGCUGCCCUCAAAAUAGGAUUUUCUAUUUUAAAGAUGCAUCUGAUGGAUUAGUUGAUGACAAGCUGCCUCCAGCAAUUAAUAAAAAUUAUCAUACAAGUGUGCAACUAGGAUCAGGAGCAUAUGGAGUAGUUACCCUAGUAUUUUCUAAGGAAAGUGGAAGAGGAUAUGCCAUGAAGACAAUAAUUAAAAAUAGUAAUCCUGGUAAUAAAAAUAGAAAAGCAAAGAGUGAAGUAGCAACUUUAAAUAAUGAAAUCAAAAUUCUUAGAAAAGUAAACCAUCCUAAUGUAAUAAGACUAGUUCAUGACGAGGACUGGCAAAAUCAAAAAUAUUUAUUUAUUGAAUUGAUGAGAGGUAAUGACUUAUUUGCUCGCAUAAGUGACAGCAAAAGAUUAACUGAGAGGCAGUCAAAAUUAUAUUUUUAUCAAAUUGCGUCCGGUGUCAGAUACCUUCAUUCAAUUGGAAUUGUACACAGAGAUCUCAAGCCUGAAAAUGUAUUGCUUGCUACAGAGGAUGAGGACACUAUUGUGAAAAUUUCAGACUUUGGUCUCUCUAAGGUUGUAAAUUCAAUGACAUUCACCAAGAGCCUUUGUGGAACAAAAUUGUACGUUGCUCCUGAAGUUCUGGAGUCCCGGGGAUCCAAGAAAUAUACUGCUCAAGUUGAUGUUUGGUCAAUGGGAGUAAUUUUGUUUGUAUGCUUGUCAGGGCAAACUCCUUUCUGUAGUGAGAGGAAAGGUUUGUGCAUGGAAGAACAAAUUAAAAAAGGCAUGUAUACUAUGAAUGUGGACCACUGGGAGUGUGUUUCUUUGCAAGCCAAAAAACUUGUGCGGCAAAUGUUGACUACCAAUCCAGUUAAACGCAUAAACAUUUCUGCCCUCUUUGAAGAUCCAUGGCUUAAGGAUCAAGAAAUGUUAUCAAAGGUUCAACAGCUCAUUUCCGAUUACACUCUGCGAAGCCUUGGUAAGGAGAAUGAGCCAGUUUUACCUGUUGAGGAAGACGUGUCCCUAAGCCCUAAGCCAGCAAAAAUCACAUUGCGAUCGGCAACCUCUGAUUCAUCUCCACCAAGGAAGCGAAGGAGACUCAUUUAGUCUGUCCCUGUGAACUCUUUUACUUUGCAAUUUUUAUCACAAAUGCAACCUUAAUUUGACUUGGCUUGGCAAAGAAGAAUUUCUGUUCCUUUAAUUUUCUUGCCCAUAUCUUAAUUUUCUUUUGUUUUCUCAAAAUAUUAAGUUCUAUUAUUUUGAAUCUAUUAUGACAGGUUUUCUUUCUUGUACUGAUAUUUCAGUUUAUUUCUAUGUUUUAUUUCACCUGCAAAGUAAGGGCUUCCUCUUUCUAAUUUGUAUGUGAUGUUAGUUGUAAUGAUCAAUGAAACUAGUCAAACAGUUGACUGAAAAAAUAAAGCUUGUCGAGAUUGUUUUGAA